AUGCGAACUCGAUCGAGCUCAUCUACAAAGGACUUGGUCGAGUUAGACAACAACAUAGGCAGAAAACAGAGAAAGAAGAGCCAGAGGCAACAAGCUGAGACAGAGGUGUUUGUUACAGAUACAUCGAUCAUCCAGAGGGUAAUGGAAUCCCUCCUGCUAAUGGGCAGGGUCGAGCUAGGCAGACUCGACCAAUUGGACUUGGAGAUGCCCCAAAGCCACCAGCAAAGACAAGGGAUUGUCCCACCUCCUGUCAGAACCACAACUUUGAGAUCAAGCUGGGAAUGA